AUGGGCCACAUCCAAACCGAGACACCGUACUACCAGCCCGCCCCGCUCACUCCGGAGCCAUUUGCCGGCGCGUCGAGCUUUCCCGGUGACCCGUCCUUUGCCAGCUGCAUAACCGACGGCUGCCGUGCUGCAUGGGGUCUGCGUAUCACGGACUCGCAGGACGUCACACUGCACAGUGCCGGCCUUUACAGCUUCUUUAACGACUUUUACGUCGACUGUAGCGACACCGGAUCGGAAAACUGCCAAGACAAGAUUCUCGAGGUCAAGGGUUCGUCAGGGGUAGUGGUCUUCAACCUGUUUACUAUCGGGACGACGACUAUUGCUUCCGGAAUAAACAACGCUUCUGUCCUUCUCUCCGAGUCGAACCAAAGGGGCUUUACGUCAGAAGUCAGUGUCUGGAUACCGCUGCCGGGCGCAGACAACAGCGACAUUGUUUACGUCGGUACGGAGAUCUGGGCUACACCCACCGUGCACUGCCCACCGCCCUGCACGCUCGUGCUGCCAAACAGCACUGUGCCGGCGGGGAUGACUAUCUCGCCCGGUGACUACACGACAUCAUUUGAGUACGGCCACACAACAGUGACGAUCGUGGGCGCGCAGACGGUGACGACGUUUGUCACGAGCACAACAACGGUGACGAUCAACAUUCCGGAGAUCACGAUUCCGUCCGGCGGCGGAAUGCCCUACUCAAACAUGCCUAUCACACAGACGACAACGGGCUUCUUGGCCAUUCCGAGCCUACCGCUACCCGCCGCAGACUGUCUCUCUGCCCGACGGCAGUGGUGGCACAACGGUCCGCAGCGUUACGCUGCCGCCGUGGCCAGCCGUGACAGACGGCCCGGCCGACACGGCCUCGUCGAUGGUACUGCCGCCCGUAUCUGUAACGACCAGCGGCGGCGCAGUGACCCUCCACACGGGUGUCACGACAACGGUCACCGCCACGAAACCGGGCAUAACCACACUGACGUUUCUGACAACGAUGGCAGGGUCGUUUACCUGUCCUCCGAUCAAGGUCGUGACGUUUCUCGACCUGUCGUCAGGAGUCUUCGUGCAGGACUGUACUUCCGUCAGCACGAUCACGGCGUCUCCGGGCACGUCCACGCGGUCCAGGACUUCCGCAUUGACGACCACAACCACCACCACUCCCCUCCCGGUGUGGGUGACGUGGCCACCUGGAGUAAUUGUGCCGGUCACGACGUCCGUGUCCAAGCCGACUCCAACGCCCGGUGGCUAUGUGCUGCCCUGCAAGCUGUGAUCUGCGAUGACAAAGGACCAGAUCCAAUACUGGGCUGGCUGUGGACGCUGCCGCUUGGCAUCUACCCGCCCGGCCCUCCACCGUGGUUCAAAUUCCGUGGCUCCAAGAUCUCAGUGUCGUUGCCGCCGUGGCCAAAGAUUACUGUCGGCCCCGGUGGCGAAGUGUCCUACCCCGACGAGCCAAAGUCGUGCAAUACCGAGACGGCGUCGCUCUGCGGCGUCACGACCGUCUACUCGCAGACGGUCGGCGCCGACAGAAGCACGACCACGACGGCCGCGGCCACAAUUAGCGGCUGCGAGACGGUUUUUGGCUGCUCGCUGAGCAACCAGGCCACGACGGCGACAUCGACGAACCAGGCCGACGGUGCCUGGUAA